AUGCUGACCUGGCUCGGGAAUCCCACAGCUAGCAACCGCUCCAGCGUCGACGAGAGCAGGAGCAACGCCGAAGAUGACGACACCCUUGUGGUCGAGCCUGAUCAGGGCAAUGUGCUCAUGCACAUCAUCUCCCAGCUUCGGCCGGGUGCCGAUCUGAGUCGCGUUGUUCUGCCGACCUUUAUUCUCGAGCCUCGUAGCAUGCUCGAGAGAAUCACCAACUUCAUGUGCCACCCCGAAAUGCUUCUUCCGAUACCCGAGAUCGACGAUCCAGUCCUGCGAUUCGUGUCCGUUGUCAAGUUCUACCUAAGCGGUUGGCAUAUUCGGCCACCGGGAGUCAAGAAGCCUCUCAACCCGAUCCUCGGCGAGAUCUUCACCUGCUACUGGGACCUGCCCGACAACACGAGAGCCUACUACAUUUCAGAGCAAACGUCGCAUCAUCCUCCCAAGUCGAGCUACUUCUACAUGGUCCCUGACCACCACAUCCGAGUUGACGGCACCUUGAAGCCGAGAUCGAAGUUCCUUGGAAACUCCGCUGCAAGCAUGAUGGAGGGAACCGCUAUACUAUCCCUGCUGAACCGGGGACAGGACAAGACCAAGGGUGAAAGAUACAUUUUGACACAGCCCAAUAUGUACGCCCGCGGGAUCUUGUUCGGGAAGAUGAAGUACGAGUUGGGAGACCACAGCUUUGUCCGCUGCCCAGAGCUUGAUUUGGUUGCCGAUGUCGAUUUCAAGACCAAGGGCUGGGUCGGCGGCACUUACAACGCGAUCGGAGGCUUCAUCAAAAGAGAGAGCACCGGUGAAGUGCUGUUCGAGCUCUCGGGACUCUGGAGCGAGGAAAUGUUCGUCAAGGAUGUUAAGACUGGUCACAAAGAAAUGUUUUUCAACGCUAGAAGGUCAAAACCGAGCACGCCUCUGGUUCGACCUAUCGAAGAGCAGGAUGAACGCGAAUCUCAGAGACUCUGGCAAGCAACCGCCCAGGCUGUGAAGGCCAGCAACCAUGAACUCGCUACGGAUGAGAAGACCAAGGUUGAGGACCGCCAGCGCGAGGAGCGGGAGGCCAGAACACGAGACGGUGUUGAAUGGCAACCGAGGCUCUUCAGAAAGGUCAAUGGUGGUCCAGGUCAAGUUGAAGAAGGGGAGGAAGACUUGGAGUGGAUCAUCAACGCCGAGAUUGACGGACCGACACCCGCGAAGCAGACUGAGCAGAUCUUGGCUAUCUACCCCAUUGUCCAAGGACAGAAGCCCCACGCUGCGAAUGCUAUCCCGGCGCGACGGGCGGAGGCGCCUGCGCCCAAGCCACAAACAGGCGCAAACGAUCUGAUUGACUUUGGCGACGACACCACCACCAGCAAGACUCCGACGGCAUCCGCACCUGCAAUCCAACCGCCGCCGCCGGCCGUGGCCGCCCAUGAGACACGAAGCGACUCCAAGGAUAUCCAGGGUAUGCUCAACAAGACGGGAACACAAGCCGGCGAGGGCCCAUUGAUCGAUUUCACUGCGGAUAUGAAGAAGGCCGUCCCGCCGUUGAAGAGAGCCGACACUAGCGAGGACAGCUUCCACGACGCCCUGGAGUAA